CGCUCGAACAUUUAAUUGAUCUGGAACGAUCUGAAACGAUUUCUCAUCACCAUGGAACGCGAGGCGUGGACAUGAACCUCACUGGGCCGUUCAUAAUAACGAGAGGGUGGGUGGCUGUCGUGCUGGUAGCGGAGGAGCAACCCCAACCAACGCGUCGCGGAGGCCAUCAUUAGGGCCUUCGUAUAGCCCGUAGGUGCGUGGGAGUCAAGAGUUGAAGGAAGGGAGCGUGGCGCGAGCCCGACCUUGGCUGCGGCCCCUCUCCUCUCCUCCUCCUCCCAACAGCUCCUCCCCCGCACUAAAGGGAACCACUGCCGCUGCACAGUUCUCCUCACAGUGUCAGUCUCUGGCGCUCUUCCUCCAUCGACAGUUGUGGUGUGGGGUCUGCGGCGGACUGUGCGGUUGGGUUAGUCGUGAUUACGUAACUGUUAUGCGUUAUGACUGACACACCCGGCCUGUGGAUCACUAGGGCAUUUGUUCCUGUUGUCGAUGGAGUUCAAGGCCAGCCGGGAACUUGUUGAAAUUGGACAAAACGAUACACUUAACACCACUAGCUGGCAGUCACCCCUCACCGCAGCGGCAGCGAGACAGACAGCAGAGGAAGGCGUGUGUUCUACCAGCAGCAGCGCGAGGGGUCCGUGUUAGGCAAUGGUGCCGGGAUGUGGUAGACUUGAGGAUGAACCUGCGUGACCGAACGAGCCGUAGCCAGAGCAGCAGCCCUGUUAGCAGCAGUAGCAGCAACAGCGGUGGUGGUGGUGGUGGUGGCAAAAGUAGUGGCAGUGGAGGAGGAGGUAGCAGCCACUUCCGGAAUCACCACUGUCGCUCUCCCCUCUCACUAGCCUCCACAUGUUCCGUCACAUCAACCAGUGUUCUGAAGUCACCAGUCAAGGCCUCUCGAGCUCAAAGGCAAAUUAAGAGGUCAAACAGUGCCUUUGAGGAACAGAAUGAAAAUUUGCUGUUGUCACCAGCGCAGUACAACAGUGUGGUGAAUGCCUCACUUCCUAAUUGCCACUCUUCUUCAUUUCUCCGCACAUCUCGAUAUGCUAGCAAAUUCUCCAAUUGCAAGUCCAACCAUCAAGCUCCAGUAAUUGACUCAGAUAACAAUAUCAUCGGCUCUAAAUUGCUCAAGCCACGUCCUCUGAGGAUCAGCAAGCGCCAGAACCAGUCUCCACCAAAUUACAAGUGUCACCCACCCCGCAAGCCACACAGCAAACGACACCAUAUUGCUAAUGGAAGUCAGGCAUCAAAGCAGGUUCUGAAAGAAGUUCACGAAAUGAAGACCGCAGCCAUGGACACCUCUCUCUUCUCUCCUGUGUAUGCAGUUGACUCCACUCCCUCACCACUCUCCUCACCCCUCACUAGCCCAUCUCUGGGACGAACCUUCUCAAGGGAAAAUAUAGAGGAACAUUGUCUGGAGAAAGAACCAGAAGAUUUAGAAGAUGUUGAAGACUACGAAGACCAAGAAAUUUGCAUUCAAGAGAGGUUGUGUCCAGACGACAGUUCCAGCAGCCCAAGCCUUACACAACUGUCAACUCGUAUUCAGCUUGAUAUCCCAAGCAUUCUUGACCCACCAAUGUCAGAUUCAUCACAAGGGUUAGAACCUGAGGAAGCAAUGAUGAUCGCUCAAGUUUCUCACUGCACUGUGCAAGAAAAUAAAGAAAAUUAUGAGGCUGGUGGAGCUUAUGAGAGUUCAUGUGAUGAGGGUUAUGAGGAAUGGGAGGCCUUUGAUCCCUAUUUUUUCAUCAAGCACCUGCCCCCGCUCACACCAGAGAUGAGGGCAAGGAACCCAGCUCUGCCCCUCAAGACCCGCAGUUCACCAGAGUUUACUCUUGUCUUAGAUCUGGAUGAAACGCUGGUUCACUGCAGUCUACAGGAACUUGAGGAUGCCACCCUCAGCUUCCCAGUGGUGUUCCAGGAUGUCAACUACCAAGUGUUUGUCCGCACCCGCCCCUAUUUUCGAGAAUUCCUGGAACAUGUUUCCAACUUAUAUGAGGUCAUUCUCUUCACAGCAAGCAAGAAGGUAUAUGCUGACAAACUUAUGAAUCUGCUUGACCCACAACGAAAAUGGAUCAAGUACAGAUUGUUUCGUGAGCACUGUGUGUGUGUUCAGGGUAACUACGUAAAGGACCUAACAAUACUAGGAAGAGAUCUUUCCAAGACAAUUAUUGUGGACAACUCUCCUCAAGCAUUUGGCUACCAGAUAAAUAAUGGAAUUCCUAUCGAGAGCUGGUUUGUUGACAAGGAUGACAGGGAGCUUGAGAAGUUGCUGCCUUUCCUAGAGUCACUUGUGGACAAGGAUGACGUGCGACCAUUCAUUCGUGAAAAGUACAAACUGGAAACUUAUCUGCCCCCAGACUAAGCUCUAACUUUCGGUGUGAAGGUUCACAAACAUUAGAAACAUUGAUUUGGUACAAGUGCUAUUUCAUCUCCAGUAAAACGUAGCAGUGUUUCAUAUUUGCAUUUAGCUCAAGAGGUUAUUAAGAAAAGGUGCCUGAAAUUAAAAUAGUCACUCAAGUGUUGCUGCUUGUAUUUCAGGUUUUAAGUAAUGAUUGCCAAUGAAUGGCCAGGUCUUCUGGUUAUAAGGAAUUGUGCUGAAAUAAUGAAAGGUAUAUUUCCUAUAGUACAUCAUCUUCAAGUGGUAUAAAGCCAACUGGCUGCAAGGUACAGCAAUUUCCUAUCAACAUACUUUGUACAAAUGGGAAAAUAUGGAAGUUGAAAGUUAUUCAGUGAAUUAUGCAUUAAGCUCUCAAGAGAUACAAUUUAAUUUCUAAGAUUAGUGCUUCAUGAAUUUUAUAUUAUGAUCUUAUGUAGUUAAUAUACACCAAUAUCAAAUAAUAUAAAUGAAUAAAAAAUUCAAGAAAAUU